GACGAAUAUACCCCUAACCACUCUGCAACUUGACAGUUGACACGUGCUCUUUUUCUCCACUUUUGUCCAAAUUGCAUCUUACAAAAAUAGAGAAAAAGAAAAAGUGCACACAGGAAGAAGAAGAAAUAGCAUCACCAUCAUUAACAACACAAGUAGCUCACCUUAAUUUCUCUCUAUAACGAUUGAAUAUCUCCGGCGAUAUCGUUGAUUUUCCGGUGAGUUUUCCGAUCAUUUACACCGUUGUGAUUUCUCUAAUUGACCAUCAUGAUACAGAAAUGUUAGGUCCUUUUGCUAUUACCCAUUUCCGAUCCAAAAUAUGGAUUCGUCAGCGAAAAAAAUCCUUCUCUUCUCCAUCUAGCUUCAAUUUUCUAUCACCCCUAAUAGAAUAAUAUCGCCGAAUAUCUCGUGGAUUUAGUCGAAAGCUGGUCCAAAUACUAAGGUUAUCAAAAUAAUAGCCCCUAAUAUCUGGUGGAUUUAGUCUAGGUGCGGAAAGCUGAUCCGGAUAAUACUAUUAUCAAAAUAAUAGCCCCGCGAAAGCUGGCUCGGACAAUACGGUUGCCAGAAUAAUAGCCCCUGAUAUCUACUGUUCAUUUCUGGUAAAAAAGGAUAGAGAAAAUUGAGAACGAGACAGAAAAACUGGCGAAAAUGAGUCUAGGUGUAGCGGAGGAGGAAUCGGGUAAGGAAAUCCAGUUACCAGCGGAUAUAGACUGGAAAAUGUUGGACAAAUCCAAGUUUUUCUUCCUCGGUGCCGCGUUAUUUUCCGGCGUAUCAGCUGCGCUUUACCCUGUUGUUGUGUUGAAGACACGUCAGCAGGUUGCGCAAGCUCAUCUUUCUAGCUUCAAAACUGCCUUCUCCGUUGUUAGGUUAGAAGGAAUUCGCGGGUUAUAUCGCGGCUUUGGGACUUCAUUGAUGGGUACUAUUCCUGCUAGGGCAUUGUACAUGGCUGCUCUUGAGGUCACCAAGAGUAACGUUGGUACCGCCACGGUAAGGCUUGGGAUUCCCGAGCCUACUGCGACCGCGUUAGCCAGUGCUGCUGCUGGGCUAAGCGCGGCUGUGGCUGCACAACUGGUUUGGACUCCUGUUGAUGUUGUGAGCCAGCGGCUCAUGGUGCAGAGUGUCUGUAAUGCAUCAGGAUCGUGUAAAUAUCUCAAUGGGAUCGAUGCGUUUCGGAGAAUUCUCAAAACAGAUGGACCCAAAGGACUGUACAGAGGGUUUGGGUUUUCGAUUUUGACAUAUGCUCCAUCCAAUGCGCUGUGGUGGGCAUCCUACUCCGUUACUCAGCGGCUUGUCUGGAGUGGAUACGGAUGUUACUUCAGCAAGAAUGGCGAUGACAGGAUUGAGGACAACAUCAAGAGUACUCUGAAGCCUAAUUCCAAGACUGUUAUGAUGGUCCAGGGAGUGAGUGCAGCUAUGGCCGGAGGCGUUUCAGCUCUGAUUACAACACCCUUGGACACAAUCAAGACAAGAUUGCAGGUCCUGGAUGGUGAUGAAAACGGUCGUAGAGGGCCAACCGUAGCUCAAACUCUAAGGAAUUUAGUAAGGGAAGGUGGAUGGAUGGCUUGUUAUAGAGGGUUAGGUCCUCGAUGGGCUUCAAUGUCUAUGUCUGCAACCACAAUGAUAACUACUUACGAAUUCCUCAAACGCCUCUCCACGAAGAAUCAAGAAAAUUGGGCAUGAUGAACCCCAUACACAGUUAUCUCUCUUCGUAGGUUUCCUUUUCUCUUUGAUCCAUGUAUGAGUUUUUCUUUUUAAAUGAUGAUCCUUUUAUGCUGAGUUUAAACAUAGACAAGCUUAGAUCAAUAACAAACAUAAUGAUGUAUGCAAGUUGUUCAUGUACAAAGUAUGAAUCUGUAUAUAUAGUCCAAUUUACUAUGAGUUUA